GGACGGACACUCUUGAGCGGUUGUUGGAUUUAACCUCGGUUCUGGUCAGUUUUCUGGCCCACGGGUCGCUCUGGCUCUUCACUCGGGACAUUCCUGCCCCUCCCUGGAAGUCUGUCACCGCGCAGACUCGCGGCUGUCCGCUGUCAGGGCUCGGCACACUGACAGUAUGGCGGCGGGGUGCAGCUGGAAGGAUGCUACUGUCGCCCGUCAUGUAUUUGUGGCCGGCAGGACGUGAAUGGAUUACUGACGGCAAAAAGAGAAAACGGAUUUAACGAGAAAGGCCUGUCGCCGUGAACUCCAAAGAUGGCCAGACUCGCUGACUACUUUGUAGUUGUCGGUUACGAUCUUGACAAGCGAGUGGAGGGCGAAGGUCAAGGUCGCAUCCUCCAGCGGUUUCCCGAGAAAGACUGGGAGGACAACCCGUUCCCACAAGGCAUAGAGCUGUUCUGUCAGCCCAGCGGUUGGCAGCUGGUUCCAGAGCGGCAGCCUGCCUCCUUCUUCGUAGCAGUUUUGACUGACAUCUACUCAGAGCGUCAUUACUGUGCCUGCUUUACCUUCUGGGAAGGCAUUGACAAUCCACAGCUGCAGAAGGCUGAAGCUAGCGAGGUGGACGAGGUGGAUGAAGAGCCAGCUGUUAUCCAUCCAGCUCAGGUCUUCGCCCCAAAGAGUUUGGUGCUGGUGUCCCGGUUAGACUACACUGAGGUGUUCAGGAACUGCCUGGGGCUAAUCUACACCGUUCAUGUAGAUAGUCUGUCUGCUCCGUUGGAAACAGUGAUUGGAAAUCUCCUCACUUGUGUCAUCCCCAUUGCUGGUGGCUCCCAGAUAAAUGAGUCCCCAGUUUGUAGUUUAGACAAGGUUCCUCAGGCCCUGGCCUGUGACUGGCUGCUGGCCUGUCUCCAGCCAGGCCAGCAGGAGAAAGAGGAGAGUUUGAGAACAAUAACAUUAGGAGCAGGAGAUCGGCAAGUUAUCCAGACUCCCAUCAACGACUUGCUCCCUGUCAGCGGCAGCAGCGUGGCCCAGCUCUUCAGACAGCUCGGUAUAGUCAAUGUGUUGUAUCUGUUCUGUGCUGCCCUGACGGAGCAUAAGAUCCUGUUCCUGUCCCGUAGCUACCAACGGCUAACAGACGCCUGCCGAGGACUGCUGGCUAUCAUGUUCCCUCUCAAAUACAGCUUCACCUAUGUUCCUAUCCUGCCAGGGAAACUUCUGGAGGUCCUCAGCACCCCCACUCCCUUCAUUAUCGGCGUCAGUUCACUAUUUCGCUCUGAGACACAGGAACUGCUGGAUGUGAUCAUUGCUGACCUGGACGGGGGGACGGUGACCAUCCCAGAGUGCGUCCACAUCUCCCUCCUGCCCGAACCUCUCCUCCAGCAGACCCAGACUGUGCUCUCCAUGGUGUUGGAUCCAGAACUGGAAGUAGCAGAUCACGCGUUUCCCCCAGCAUCUGUACAACCGUCUGCACUCAAGAUCCAGGAUAAGGAGAUCCGUGCAGUUUUCCUGUGGCUGUUCGCGCAGCUCUUCCAGGGCUAUCGCUGGUGUUUGCACAUCAUCCGCAUCCACCCGGAGCCUGUGAUCCGCUUCCAUAAGGCUGCCUUCCUGGGUCAGAGGGCAUUGGCGGAAGACGACUUCCUCAUGAAGGUUUUGGACGGUAUGGCCUUUGCCGGCUUUGUAUCGGAGAGAGGGCCUCCCUAUCGGAGUACAGACCUAUUUGAUGAUCUGGUAGCCAAUCAGGUGGAGCGGAUACGACAAGAGGAGGCGUGUCCACACAAAGUCAUGAACCAUGUGAAGGAGCUAGCUGAACAACUCUUUAAAAACGAGAAUCCCUACCCAGCUGUGGCGAUGCACAAAAUCCAGCGGCCAAGUAAAUCCCAAAGCACUGCAGAGAAUCAGUCACUCUUCCCCCUGCUGGAUGAGGUCACGGUGCAGCUUUUCAUUGACCAUGCUGCCGCCAAGCUCAAGACCGCACCUCCUGUGGUCAAAGCAGAGCUCAAGGCCAUGGUGACGUCUGGGCCCCCACUGGGAGACAUCGUGGACAGGAACUGCAACGUGAUGGCAAAUAGCGCUCGGAGGCUGGAGGUGGUUAGAAACUGCAUCACGUACAUCUUUGAGAACAAGAUGUUGGAAGCAAAGAAGCUGAUGCCGGCAGUACUACGGGCACUGAAGGGUCGGGCGGCCCGGGUUUGUUUGACCCAGGAGCUCAAUCAGCACGUCCUACAGAACCGAGCCGUGCUGGACGACCAGCAGUUUGACUACGUUGUCCGCAUGAUGAACUGCACUUUACAGGACUGCUCACAUAUGGACGAACAUGGUAUCGCAGCUGCACUUCUUCCGUUAGUCACAGCAUUCUGCAGAAAACUUGGUGCAGGAAUCACUCAGUUUGCAUACAGCUGCGUCCAAGAGCACACGGUCUGGACCAACAUGCAGUUUUGGGAGUCCAUGUUCUACAGCGACGUUCAGAACCACAUCAAGGCUUUGUACCUGGAGACAACAGACCCUGAGCAGCAGGACGGCACAGGCAGCAGGCAGGAAAUCGGCGCCCUGGAGCUGGCAUCCGAGCAGAGCCGGCUGUGGCCCACGCUUAGCAAGGAAAUGCAGACAGAGUGCGUGCAGAAGGAGGAGAGCACCGUGUUCAGCCAGGCCAUUCACUACGCCAACAGGAUGAGCUACCUGCUGCUGCCGCUGGACACCAGCAAGAACCGCCUGCUUCGUAGCGCCGGCCUUGGUGACGUGGAGAGCGUCAGCAACAGCUACGUCACCAACAGCAUUGCAGGCAGCAUGGCAGAGAGCUACGACACAGAGAGCGGCUUUGAAGAUGCCGAGAGUUCAGACGUGGCCAACUCAGUGGUGCGCUUCAUCAAUCGCUUUGUAGACAAAGUGUGUAAUGAGAGCGGCGUGACCAACGAGCACCUUAAGGCCCUGCACACCAUGAUACCAGAUAUUGUCCAGAUGCACAUCGAGACGCUGGACGCAGUCCACAGGGAGAGUAAGAGACUGCCGCCGAUCCAAAAGCCCAAAGUGCUGAGGCCGACUCUCUUACCUGGCGAGGAGCUGGUGAUGGACGGCAUGCGGGUUCACCUGGUCCCCGACGGCCGUGACGAGGCCACCGGAGCAAUGGGAGGACCGCCUCUGCUCCCUUCCGAGGGUGCCAUCUUCCUCACUACCUACCGCCUCAUCUUCAAGGGCACUCCUGCCGACCAGCUGGUCGGGGAGCAAGUGGUGACUCGCUCGUUCCCCAUCGCCUCGCUGACCAAGGAAAAGAGGAUCUCAGUCAGUUUGCCCAUGGACCAGUUUGUCCAGGAGGGACUACAACUUCGGUCCUGCACCUUCCAGCUGAUGAAGAUUGCAUUUGAUGAGGAGGUGGCGUCCGAUCUGGCCGAAGUUUUCAGGAAGCACUUGCACAAGCUGCGCUACCCUCAGCACGUCCAGGGCACCUUUGCCUUCACCAUGGGGCUGAGCUGCAAGAUAGCGGUGGAGCACAAGAAAGAGGACAAGAACCAGUCACUUAAAACACUUUCCAAAAACCUGAUGAAGACUGCCAAGAGGACCAUCGGCCGACAGUAUGUGACCAGGAAGAAGUACACGCCUCCUACCUGGGAGAACAGAAGCAGCUUCCAGUCUGAACUCGAUGAAGAUGAAAUCUCAGUCUCAGAGGAGGUGGAGCAGAGCUCCCUCACCCUGUCAUCCACCAUUCGCUCCUCGGACAGGCAGACCAUGAGCAACGUGGUGGAGCGUGCGUGUUGCCGCGACUACCAGCGCCUGGGUCUAGGCACGCUCAGCAAUAGCUUGACGCGCUCUAAGAACGAGCCGUUCAGGAUUUCAACAGUCAACCGCAUGUACAUCGUGUGCAGGAGCUACCCCGGCCUGCUAAUCGUGCCUCAGAGCAUCCCAGACUCAACUCUCCAACGAAUCGGCCGCUGCUAUCGACAAAACCGCUUCCCAGUGGUUUGCUGGAGGAAUUCCAGGACGAAGGCCGUCCUCCUGCGCUCGGCGGGCCUCCACGCUAAGGGGGUCGUGGGCUUCUUUAAGUCCCCCAAUGCUCCCACUGCAGUGCCAUCACAGGCCGACUCCACCAGUCUGGAGCAGGAAAAAUACCUGCAGGCCAUCAUCAGCUCUAUGCCUUCCUACAGCGAGACCAGCGGCAGGAACACACUCAGCGGCUUCACCUCCACACACAUGAACACCUCCGACUCAUCAGAUAAACUGCGGCAGCCAAAAAUCAGCGACCUGAUGAAGCAGGUGUUGGGCAACAAGGAGGACAUGCCUGGAACCGUCACCCGGGCUCUGGGUCAAAGGGCCAGAGUCAUCACCCUCUCUCAGCCCAAACUGUCUGGCAAGGCCAGGAACUCUCCUAGAGGUAAAUGGGGCAGCAUCCGGGGGACCGGGCGUCUAAGUGCCUACAACCCAGACGUGGGAACACGCCUUGCAGGGAAAGAGUCUCCACAGCCUAACGGUGGGCCGAGCGAGGCGCUGUUCCUCCGCCAGCAAAAGGCCUACCUGUACAUCGUUGGAGAUAAGAACCAGCUCAAGGGAGGGAAGCAGGACUCGUUCCAGCAGUGGGAGGUGGUUCCCAUCGAAGUGUGUGACCUGCGGCAGGUGAAGAACAGCUUCAAGAAGCUGAUGAAGGCCUGUGUACCCAGCUGCACGCCUCCUGAUGCCAACAUGACCUUCCUGCGGUGUCUGGAGGAGUCUGAGUGGAUGGCUCUGCUGCACAGGGUCCUGCAGGUAUCCGUGCUGGUGGUGGAGCUUCUGGACACCGGCUCAUCGGUCAUGGUCAGCCUGGAGGACGGCUGGGACGUUACCACACAGGUGGUGUCUCUGGUGCAGCUUCUGUCUGAUCCGUACUACCGGACCUUCGACGGCUUCCGGUUGCUGGUGGAGAAGGAGUGGCUGUCGUUCGGCCACCGCUUCAGCCACCGUGGUGCGCAGACGCUAGCCAGUCAGAGCAGUGGCUUCACGCCGGUCUUCCUCCAGUUCCUCGACUGCGUGCACCAGAUCCACCUCCAGUUCCCCAUGGAGUUCGAGUUUAGUCAGUACUACCUGAAGUUCUUAGCCUACCACUACGUGUCCAACCGCUUCCGCACCUUCCUGCUGGACUCUGACUACGAGCGCAUCGAGUUGGGCGUCCUUUACGAGGAGAAAGGUGAGAGGAAGAGCCCGCAGGUUUGUAAGUCUGUGUGGGACUACAUCGACAGACUGAACAAGAAAACGCCGGUCUUCUACAACUACAUGUUCUCUCCUGAAGACGAGGAGGUGUUGCGGCCCUACACUUUCAUCUCCAACCUGAAGGUGUGGGACUUCUACACCACGGAGACGCUGUCGGAGGGCUGCUCCUACGACUGGGAGCUGAGGUGCCGGGAGGAGCGCCUUGCCGAAGAAGCCCCCGAGAAACCAGAGACCGGUGGGCCUAAGUCGCAGCGGCGCAUCGUGUGGCCGUGUUACGACAGCCUGAGCAAGGUGGUUCCCGACGCCAUCACCAAGCUACUGCACGAUCUGCAGUGUCUGGAGGCAGAGCUCGGUCAGACGUCUGAGAAAUGGAAGGACACGUGGGACAAACUCAAAACUGCCCAGCGGACUGAUGCCAAACUGGAGAGCAAGCCAUCAUUCUCCAGCUCACUGCUGAUCUCAUCCAACCUCAGCCACCAGAGGCGCUCACAGGGCGUGUACCUUCAGGAGCGUGGCGUGGGCUCGUCCAUCAACCUGGCUUUGGAAUGCGAGGCACGAGCCACGUCCACACCUGUCCCCGGCCGGCCGAGCACCAGCACGCUUUACAGCCAGUUCCAGAGCACGGAGAGCGAGAAUAGGAGUUUUGAAGGAAUCCUGUACAAGAGGGGUGCACUGCUUAAACCGUGGAAACCACGGUGGUUUGUGCUCGACAAGACCAAGCAUCAGCUGAGAUACUACGACAGCCGACAGGACAAGGAGUGUAAAGGCGUAAUCGAGUUGGCCGAAGUGGAGUCCGUCAGCGCGGGAACGCCCGCCAUGGGAGCUCCCAAAAACAUUGAGGAGAAAGCCUUCUUUGAUCUGAAGACGACAAAGCGAAUGUACAACUUCUGCGCCCAAGACAGCACCAACGCUCAGCUGUGGAUGGACAGUGUUCAGAGCUGCCUGUCAGACGCCUAGACGGGAGGUGGGACUCUAAAUUAAGAACAACGCAGCCGCAAACCAAUGAGCAGAGCCUGCACACCUGACGGGAACCUUGGCCAGCCAAUCCCAGUGGAAGAGGGAGGGGCCUUUCCACUCUGUUCAGUGUCAGAAGUGUUGAACUACUAACUUUGCAUCGCAGCGUUUGUUCUUUGAUACAAAAAUUUAAAAUUAUUUUAAAAAAAAAGAGCCCCCUGCUGUUGACUUUGGGCUGCUGCAGCUUUUCGCUUCUGUGACAGUUCGCUUACAGAACACAUCAUCAGAAGUGUCGUCGUGUUCCAGGAGGGCGUCCUGCAGCUCAGACCUAUACCUGUCCAGAUCCUCCACCUGCGACCCGCCCUCGCUCGCUCUGUAAGAUGCUACACGGAGGAAUGACGGAGGAGCUGCAGUCGCCACGCCCAGGACAUCUGGUUCACAGACCAGAUGAUAUGCAACAUGACGGCGGGAGAGACUCCUCGGUGAUUCAUGAAGGAUUUUCCUUUCCAGAAGUUCAACAUGCAUCAGAAAAACUGAUCUUCUGUCCUUCAGCAUCUGAUGAGGACGGUUUACUGUGAAAGCCAUGAGUCAGUCGUACAGGUCAAACAGCUGGGCGCCACUCUGAGGUCACAUAGUCUGGCCGAAGUUGAUCUUAGGGCUAUACCGAUACUGGCCGUUACCUCUGCGCUAACGGGGAGAUUGAUUGAUAUUUGCACUGUUAAAUUUAGCUGUACUGAACACACUGCUUUUUAUAAUUUAAGAUGUGUACUUGCAGCGUCAUCUCAUCUCCCACAAAUCACGAGAACUGCCGAUAACAGCUGAUGCAUUGACGCAACACACCAGUAUUGGUGGAUACCCUGAUUUAAGAUGUUGACAUUGAUUGAUACUUUGACUCAAGAUAGUGAUAUUGGUGGAUAAUUUGAUUCAGAAUAUCAAUACUGAUUGAUACCUUAAAGAAUUUGUAUUUUGAAUUUAGGUAUCAAUACUGUUUGAUACUUUAACUCGGGGUAUUGACUGUCGUUGAUACUUUGACAUAUCAAUACUAGCUGAUAUUUUGAUUCAAGUUAUAAGUAUUGGUUAAUACCUCAACUAGAGGUACUGACUGAUCCUCUGACUCGGGUUAUCAACAUCAGCUGGUGUUUUGACAUAAUGUGCCCAUAAUCAUUCAAUACCUUGCCUCAAGCUGCUGAUAUUGUCUGUUACUUUGACUUGAGCGUAGAAAGAAACAAGCCUCAGAUUGGUGCGUCCCUAAGUGUUUACAAAGACUGUGUACAGAUUAACUCUUCACCUGUUUUCUGUCAGUGCACUUACUAUUAACAUUCAGAUUUUAAAGAAAUGUUGAAGGAAAUGGAGGGAAAUAUUUUGCCACGAUGUCUUCAAAGUGAUUUAAUGAAGAGGACGGAGGGAUCCAAACAAACUGGGAUGCUGAGACGGAAUGCCUCAGAGAAAAGGAUAAGCAGAGGUCUUCACCGGUUUGACAUUUCAGACCUGACCGUAAACAGAGAAAACCAAACCAGAUGCACUUAAAUUUUUGUAAAAUAUAACCGACCCACGGUGCAUUUAGCCUGAAUAGAUCAAAGAACGGUAUGAUGACCCAAAAUCUACAGGCCAAUUUUUGUCAGGACCUGAUUUAAACGUUCCUGUGAACCGUGAAGACCUCAAGUCAGAUGGACGUUGAGCUGCAUCGGUGCCGCGUCGGAAGUGACAUGUUUGUUCAUGAAGCCUUUUUUUAAGCUUCACCAGGCUUUCAAACCCUUAAAAGUCCAACAGUGACUGAAGUUGUUCCUUCACAGCCGCAGAACUCUGACAUGUCCGCGUGUCACAUUUAUGUCCACAGCAGUGUUUCUUUUGUACAUAAGAGCGUUCAAGAAAUGUUUAGCUGGAUUUUUUUCUUUUUUUUAUUUGCACCACCCCCCCCCCCCCCCCCCCCC